AUGAAGCCUUGGGUUGGUUUUCUAUGCUUGCUACUGCUGCUUCUCCGCAUCAGCUCAGUGCUUUGGCACCUAUUUGGGGCGGCGGCGCUGGGGUGGCUGCUAAAUCAAAUCCUCGGCAAACGAGGGCGGCGAGAAUGUUAUCUUGUCGACUUCACCUUCUACAAACCGCCGGCGGAGCAUUUACCUUUCGACAAGGACGGAGCCUAUCAUUCCAGAACAUUUCAAAUUCCAGUGGAAAAUAUUUCUGCGCUCCAGUCUGGGGGAAGAGACUUCGCUGCCGCGCUUCGUUUUCAACGACGAAAUGGUGGCGACAUUGGAGGAAGCGCGUGUGGAGAUGGAGGAGACCUUCUUCGCAUCGGCGGACAAGUUCUUCGCCAGGACGGGUGUCACGCCGCAAGACAUCGAUAUACUCAUCGUAACGGUCUCCGCUUUCACGGCGGCGGCCUCGCACGCCGCCGGCGUUUUAGCGGUGAACAUGGCAAAAGAUCUGUUGCUCUUGGCGGCGCCGCCUUGCUUCUCUCCAACAAACCGCAAGACGCCGUCCGAGCCAGAUUGCGGCUUCUCCAUUCAAUUCGGACCAGCGUGGCCGCCGACGACGAGGCCUACGGUUGCAUAUCUGUGACGGAGGACGAUGACGGCGUCUACGGGGUCCGUCUCCGCCCUUCUCUACACACAAUUGCUCCCAACUUAACCAAGCUCUGCCCCAAAGUCCUUCCGUUGCGCGAGCAGCUGUACUACGCCUACAAUUGGCUGUGCAUAAAGUUGUUGAAGAUGAAGGUGGAGGCCUAUGUUCCCAACUUCAAGCUGGCGUUCCAGCAUUUUUGCGUCCACCCGGGAGCUCGCGGCGUCAUCAGCGGAAUCGGGAAAAGCCUGAAGCUGAAUGAGUACGACCUGGAGGCGUCGUGCAUGGCGCUGUUUCGGUUCGGCAACACGUCGACGAGCGGCGUGUGGUACGAAAUGGCGUACUUGCAUGCAAAAGGGCGGCUCAAGGUUGGCGAGCGCGUGCUGCAGAUUGCGUUGGGAUCAGGGGUCAAGUGCAACACCGCUGUUUGGGAAGUAGUGAGAGAAAAGUAUCCUUUGGAGAGCAGCUGCUGGGACGACUGCCUUCACAGGUAUCCCUGCGAUACGAAAAAAAACUACACGGAUGAUUUCUGUGACCCGCGGUUAAGUCGUGUCACCCCUAGUAUACAACCUACUUCCAACGACUUGGACACCAACACUAUCUGA